UUAUUAUUACUCCUGGUCGACGGCUAUGACCUUUCUCCUUGUCUCUCUCUCGGAAGCUGAGCAUCCUGUCUUGCUUUCUUCUCAAUCGUUUUGCAGGUCGAACAAACAGCUCAACAACAAAAAGCUGUCAGAAAACCAGAAGCUCCUCAAUCGUUUUGACCUUCCUUUCUUCUUUCUCUAGCUGUUGCAGCCUCCAUUUGCAGGUUAAAGAAGGCUUUUGCUAUUAUGGGUAAUGCAGAGUCAGUGCAAGAAGAAUCUCAGGAUUAUCUUUUUCGUGGAUCGCCUUCAUAUGCUGGGAGCUCACUGAAUACUGGAUACGAACAUGAAUAUACUGCUUCUUAUGCUGGGACAGGGAGCUCAGUUAAUACUAGCUAUGAGUUUCAACAAACUCCUUAUGCAGAAACUGGGGUUUCAACAACCACUAAUUAUCGACACAAACAGCAACAUCGACAUAAGCAGCAACCCACGCACAUAGCUGACAAUUUCAGUUCAUUAGAUGAGGUUGUAUCUGCUUUAAGAGAAGCUGGUUUGGAAUCUUCAAAUUUGAUACUUGGUAUUGACUUCACCAAAAGCAAUGAGUGGACAGGCAAGUACUCGUUUAACCGGAAAAGCCUUCAUUCUAUUGAAAACACUCCUAAUCCAUAUGAGCAAGCAAUUUCUAUCAUUGGCCGUACUCUGUAUUCUUUUGAUGAAGACAAUCUCAUACCUUGUUUUGGGUUUGGAGAUGCAUCUACGCAUGACCAGUAUGUGUUCAGCUUCUAUCCUGGUAGUCGUUAUUGUCAUGGUUUUGAGGAUGUACUUGCACGCUACAGGCAGAUUGUUCCAUGCUUAAAGCUGUCAGGUCCAACAUCUUUUGCCCCAGUAAUUGAUGCAGCAGUUGACAUCGUGGAGAAAAGCAAUGGUCAAUAUCACGUUCUUGUCAUUAUUGCUGAUGGACAGGUUACUAAAAGUCCUGGUGCAUCACGUGGAGAGCUCAGUCCACAGGAACAAGCAACUAUUAGUUCCAUUAUUUCUGCAAGUCACUAUCCUCUCUCAAUUGUUUUGAUUGGAGUUGGAGACGGACCAUGGGAUGAGAUGCAGCACUUUGAUGAUAACAUUACUCAGCGCCUAUUUGACAACUUCCAGUUUGUGAAUUUCACAAAGAUCAUGUCUGAAAACAAGGAGGCAUCAAAGAAGGAAGCAGCAUUUGCACUUGCUGCCCUUAUGGAAAUUCCAAUACAGUACCGGGCAACCCUAAACUUGCCACCCGCCGAUGAACAAUCAGUAGGUUAUCGACGUAAACAGCCCCGGCCCCCACCCAAAGAAGUAAUAGAUCAUGACAAUGAAAUAAUGGCAGCUCCACACACGACAAACUUUGAAUCAGUUGAACCCACAGCUCCAGCUGCAGUCGAAUCAGUAUGCCCUGUUUGCCUAACUAAUCCAAAGAACAUGGCAUUUGGAUGUGGUCACACGACUUGCAAGGAGUGUGGAGCGACGUUAUCUUCGUGUCCGAUGUGUCGGCAGCAAAUCACAACCCGCCUGAGGCUGUACACUUGAAACAGUUCGGUUCACUAUUCCCGUUACAAUAUUUGAUAUUUGUUAUUAAUAUCACAGGAUUUUGUGGAUGUUCAAAAUCCAAUCAUAUCUUUCAGAUUUUUCAAUCUUUUUAGUAUUAUUUUGUGUAUUUUAUUUGAUUUAAUUGGUUAUAUCCGUGUCUAUAAGUAGAAAGCACAUUAAUUAUAUUCUAUACAUUGAAAUAUGGAAACUUUCGAUUCUCA